AUGAAUCUUUCACCAAAAGCAAAGGACGCGUGCAACAUUAUUGCUGACUUGUAUGUACCCGAACAGAGAAUUAUCCUUGAAAAGCUCGUCCUUGAAGGUACAUUCGGUCGUCUAUAUCUGGGACGAAUACAUAGGAAAGCAAACAAGAGGAAAGCACGACCAGAACGAUGGGAAAAAGCGUUGGUUAAAUCUGUUUCCG